AUGGCUGAUGCUGCAGCUCGUCAAGGCCAGGCAGCAUCCGGAGCUCAGCGCUUCCCAAGCUCCCCAGGCCAAGGGGAUUCACUGCUGGCACAGAGGGACCAAGCCUUGCAAAAAGAAGCAGAGUGUGCAGACAUGGACCACGGGCUUGCUGCUGCCUGGGAUGGAGCCGGGAAACUUGCUAAAAUGGCACUGGCCGGUUCAAUUUCCAGCAAAGCAGCACCACCACACUCCAGAAAAGUUUCUGCAGCCGGGGUGGAAGUGCACCAGAGCAAGAUGGAUUUUUUCUGCAAGCUGGGCUACGGUAAGCAGGACAUCUGCAAAGUGCUGGAGAACCUGGGCCAAGAGGCCCUGGAGGAUGAUGUGCUGAAGGAGCUGAUUCGGAUGGGGAGCAAACCUCAGGCUCUGGAGGACCAGGCUCAGCCUUCCCAGCUGAAGCUGGUAGCCCGUGGGUCGUGCAGCACCUCCCCAGGGCUGAAGUGGCCUGGAGAAGAUGAAAGUGAUUCUUCUGACUCCCUGAGGCCCAUUGUGAUCGAUGGCAGCAAUGUUGCCAUGAGUCAUGGAAACAAGGAGGUGUUCUCCUGCUGGGGCAUCCAGCUGGCGGUGGAUUGGUUUCGAGAGAGGGGGCACACUGACAUCAAGGUUUUUGUCCCACUCUGGAGGAAGGAACCCCCUCGACAAGACAGCCCCAUUGCAGAUCAGCACAUCCUUGAGGAGCUGGAGAAGCAAUCCAUCCUGGUGUACACCCCCUCCAGGAAGGUGAAGGGCAAGCGGGUGGUUUGCUACGACGAUCGCUACAUAGUGAAAGUCGCUUACCAGAGCGACGGAGUCAUUGUUUCCAAUGACCACUACCGGGACCUCCAGAAUGAAAACCCCGAGUGGAAAUGGUUCAUUGAGCAGCGACUGCUCAUGUACUCCUUUGUCAGUAACAGGUUUAUGCCUCCCGACGAUCCAUUAGGCCGGCACGGACCCACCUUAAGUAACUUCCUCAGCAAAAAGCCAGUGCUUCCUGAGAAAAAAUGGCAGCCUUGCCCUUAUGGUAAAAAAUGCACCUAUGGCAACAAAUGCAAAUUUUACCAUCCAGAGAGACAACAUCAAGCUCAGCUUUCGGUUGCUGAUGAGCUCAGGGCCAAAACAAAGGUCCCGUUACCCCAGGGGAAGGAGGAGGAGAGGUGUCAGUGCUCCCCGUGCCACGCCUGCACAGAAACUCUGCGGGAAGCCCGAGGCUGCUCGGGGCCCUCCCGCUGCCCAGGCCGGUCCCAGGGCGGCUGCUCGGAGCAGACUUUCCGUGCCUGGCCCGGCAGCGCCGGCUCUGACCUGCGGAGGGACCCGCGCCUGCCGCAGCCAGAGCCGCUGCUGGAGAAGAUGUCAGCGGUGUCCAUCCGUGAGGACACCUACGGCUGCAGCUGGUCCCGGUGCACCUCUCGGGACAGGGGCGUCUCGGACAGCCCCCAGCCCUGCUCCGACCUCAGGCACAAGCUGCUCUCACUUCAUCCCCCUCCGGGCUUGGAGCGCCCCGGCUCUCCCGGGUGCCCUUUCCAGCGAGGAGCGCUCCCGGCCGUGCCCGGCGGGAUGUGCGCGGAGCGCGGCUGGGCUCGGGAGCGCCCGGGUGUGCCCGGAGAAGGGCACGGGAGCGGCUGCUUCCCUCGCGGUGCUCAGCACGAACAGGCCCUGGAGAGCCAGCAGCGUCUGCUGCGGCAGUGCCCGGCUCUGUGCCCUGCCCGGCUGCCCCCGUACGGCGAGCCCCAUCCCCAUGCCCAGCCCCAUCCCCAUGCCCAGCUCCAGCAGCGCUGUGUGCCCGGCCAGCCCCCGGGGCAGCCAGCCCAGCUGGAGCCCAGCGACGGAACGGGAUUAUUCCAGAACGCCCAUGCCUACCCCAGUGCCGCUUACAGGGACUACUGGCACACCCCAGCUGCAAAUCCACCCUCUGCCCAGCAAAUUAACAUACAAAGGGAGCUGUGCUCCCCUUAUCCGUACAGUGGGAUGAGCCAGGUGGUGACUUUGUACCCCAGUAUCCAGGAUAAGGGCACUGGAGCACCUCCCCUGUGAAGACAGGCUCGGGAAGCUGGGGCUGUUCAGCCUGGAGCAGAGAAGUUUGCAUGGAGACCUCAUAGAAACCUUCCAGCAUCUGAAGAGAGCCUACAAGGAAGCCAGAGAGGGACUCUUAAUCAGGAACUCCAGGGACAGCACACAGGGGGAUGGCUUCAAACUGAGAUGGGGUAGGUUUAUAUUAGAUUUGAGGAUGAAAUCCUUAAUUGAGUGGGUGGUGAGACACUAGAACAGGUUGCCCAGAGAAGUUGUGGAUGCCCCAUGCCUGGAAGUGUUUAAGGCCAGGUUGGAUGGGGCUCUGAACAGUCUGGUCUGGUGAAAGGUGAAAGGUGUCCCUGCCCAUGGCAGCAGGGAUGUUGGAACUGCAUGAUCUUUUAUGUCCCUUCCAAGUAAAACACUUCUGUGAUUCUAUGAUAUUGCCUGCUGAACUUUAAUGUUUGAAAGACGCAGAAAUUUGUGAAACCUCCAGAGCAAACCAUUCCCAAUCAGCACAAAUCGCAGGGCAAGAAGAUGCUGAGGCUUAACUAACUGAGGCUUAUCUGAGUCUUAACUGUU